AUGAACUGCAAUAGCUCUGCUCCCUCUUCCCAAACGAGUCGCUCUUCGACAUGCGCCAUCUCUCAGCAGCCGACGCUGGUAGGAGUGGCAGCUUCUCCGGGAAGCGAAGCGUUUCGAUCGGCUAUCAAGAAAUUUCGGGCUCGACUUUCAGGAAAGGAUCUCACGGAUUUCGGGAAUACAACGUACGAAGAACUAUGUCUCGAAGUGCUGCGGAUCCAGCGUAUACAAGACAGCGACAAGAGUAUGAAGAACCUGUCGCGCAUUCAGUCCUUCCUCGAGGCUAUGCACCAAUUUGGCCAGGUCAUUGAAGUGUUCCUCAAUGUGUCGGACGCGGUCGCUUUUGUCUGGGGCCCCAUCAAGUUUCUUCUGCUGACAGCGAGCACGUUUGUGGACUCUUUUGAAACAAUCUUGGAUGCCUACGAACGGAUCGGAGAGAACAUCCCCUUGCUACUGGAAUAUGAAUCGCUAUUUCACCACAACCCACAUAUGAUCGAUGCUCUCGAACUCGUGUAUAUCGAUAUCCUUGAGUUCCAUCAACAGGCCAUGCGAUUCUUUUCAGGAAAGGGCAUUCUCCGCCGCCACAAGGAGUUGAUCGAAUGUCGGGCGAGCUUAUCUCAAUACCGACGCUAUCAAGAAGACAUGGCAGAAAUGAGUUCGAAGCUGGAUGAACUGAUCAACCAGAAACAGAGCAAGAAGAUGAAAGUGGUGAAAGAAUGGCUGGCUGUUUAUUCCCAACCAGAGCAAGAUCAUGACUCUGUACGCAACACCAGAGCGGAGUAUCCAAGCACCGGAGACUGGAUCUUGGAGCACAAACUCGUGGAGGAUUGGAAGGAUGCUGAUGUUCCGAGUACACCCCUAGCAUGGAUGACUGGGAUUCCCGGAGCUGUUCUCGCUUCCGCCAUUAUCGACGCGUGCAAGCAGAGGAGUGCAUUCGUCACUAGCUACUUCUACUGCCAUGCCGAUGACCAAGGAAGUAAUUCUGCCGUCGCAGUUCUCAGAGGACUCGUAGAUCAGCUCUUGGAUCAAUUUCCUCAGCUUCUACCGCCUUGCCACACGAGACAAACUUCUAGUGGUGAGCCUACCCUUCGAUCCUUGCCAUUAGCCAAGAAACUGUUUGAAGAUUUCGCUUUCACCAUCCCGAAGCUUUUCAUCAUCGUCGACGGCCUCGACGAAUGCGAGCAGAUGGAGCGAAAGCAGAUCCUGGACUUCUUCGUUGAGGUCGUGGGGAAGUGCGACACAGAAGAGCCGGGCAAGCUUCGAGUCCUCUUCGUCAGCCAGGAUUACGCAGAUAUCAGGAAAGCUCUGCACAGUUCGUCGAUCGCCAGAAUCGUUCCAAAGGUCAUUUCUCUGUCCUCCUCCGACAACGAGCGCGAUAUCUGCAGUUAUGUGCGGAUAUGGGUCGACCGCAUCGCAAAUAAAUAUACUCCUCUCAACGAAGAGCUAUUGGAGUAUCUUCGGAACUUGACCGUAGCUAGGGCCAAAGGCAUGUUUUUGUACGCGAAAUUGGUGAUGCUUAAUCUGUUCUACCAGCCUACGCAAGAAGAUCUGCUCGAGGCCAUUUCGCUAGGUAAUUUUCCUGAUGGGUUGGAACAAGCACGGCCACUUACGUGGCGGGAGAUCCAAGUUGCUUUGUCCCUCAACAUGCAGAACCAAAGCGUUGAUUACGACAGCCGUCGACUGCGGAGAGAUCUGCACGAUAUAUGUGGUUCCCUUGUACUGAUUUCGGGGGAUCGUGUGUCGCUGGUGCACAGCACAGCGAAAUAUUACAUUACAAAGUGCACCGAAGACAUUCAUGAGCCGUCGGUCGAAUGUGAGCUGGCCGCGCUUUGUCUCCAAUAUCUCACCUUUCCGUGCUUCGAGGUCGAGGAGCCCACCGACGAGCUUGCGCUCCGACAAAUGACGCUUGAAGGACACUUCGCGUUCCAGGACUACGCUGUUGCCAAGUGGUUCCACCAUGUUAACGCCUUUGUCAGCAUGGGAAAGGAGCUUCUCAAGAAAGGCUUUGAAGCACAUGCACGUUUGGCAGAGAUGUCAACAGCUCUGGAUGACUUUCUUACUCAAUUUGGCGAAGAAUCCUGGGAGGAGGGAAUUGUGGCUGAAUGCAGGAAAACUUGCAGCAUCUUCGAGGACCAUGACUUCUACGAUAACAUAGUGGCAUUGAUGAGCCACAUCUAUACGUUCCAAAAGAAGGGCUUCGAGGCUAGGCAUAAAGUCAGCAUCGAGGACCUUGACAAAGCUCUGGAACGCAACAGAAAGCUCCUCGAGGAACUCCCACCAAAGCUCAGCCCAGGUGAGCUCACAACGUUCCGCCAGUUCUACGAUGACGAAAGGAGAUUCAAAUGCCCGAGAAUCACCUGCAUGUAUUUCUCCGUUGGCUUCAAAGAUGCAAAGUCCAGAAAACGACACGUCAAUAUCCACGAUCGCCCAUACCAAUGCGAAGUGCCAGACUGCCUGGGCGCUGAGGGAUUCGCAAACUCAAAGGAUCUUGAGAAACACACCCGAGGUUUCCAUCCCGAAAUUAGUGAUCUCGCCGAGACUUUCAAGUCCGUUACUACAAAACGAGAGAAAGCGACCUGGGCGUGCUCGAUUUGCGGAAAGACCUUUACUCGCAAUUUCCAUCGAAAGAACCACGAAAAGAGCCAUCGUGGCGAGAGGCCAGAACAGUGUCCCGAGUGCGGUAAGGCCUUCACAAGGGCGAACGACUGCAAGAGGCAUCAGAAGCUGCAUGACCGAAAAUAA